GAGGCAGAGUUAAGGAGUCCCGCUUCAGGCACGAGGACAAGUCUGGACUCUUCUGCUGCGGCUCGUGCUCAGCUGCGCUCACUUCAAACUCUCUUACAGGGAUGCAGCGACACGCGCGGACUUUCUGAGCUGCACUGGAUCCUUGUGAAGCUCGCGACGCUGGACACCAGUGGACCGUGAACGUUUUGACUGCGUGGACAAACGCUGCACGCAGAGUCUGUGCACCUGGAUAUGCCACAGGUGUCAGGGUGUGGAGCUGCUGCAGGCUGUGGCCCAGAGAUCCGCAGGUUGUGAAGAUGUGGAGCAGCGUUUUCGUUGUGACUGUGCUGCUGUCGUCCAUGAAACCGGCUGAAGCUCAGGGCAGGUGUAAUAAUGUGCAAGCAGCAGACAUCGUUUUCCUGAUUGACGGCUCCUCCAGUAUUGGCCGGGCCAACUUCCUGCAGGUGAAGGGCUUCAUGGCAGGAAUCGUCAAGCCGUUUGUCAGCUUCGUUGGCGAGUCGGCGAUACAGUUUGCGGCCAUACAGUACAGCGAGAUUCCCAGGGUUGAAUUCACCUUCUCUACCUACCUGAAUGGCACUGAGCUGGUCAACGCCAUACAAAAUAUCAACUACAAAGGUGGAAACACGCGCACCGGCGCUGGUCUCAAGUUUGUGGCUGAUAACUUCUUCAACCCUGCGACGAGUCGCGAUGUUCCAAAGAUCACCAUCCUUGUCACGGACGGGAAAUCCCAGGACAGUGUGCAGGAACCGGCAGAGAAGCUGCGCGGUCAAGGAGUGCAUGUUUUUGCAGUUGGCAUAAAGAGUGCAGACAGGAAUGAACUGGCUCAGAUCUCCUCGGAGCCCAGUUCAGACUUCACCUCGUUCGUUGGGGACUUCAAACUACUGAACACUCUUCUUCCUCUUGUGGGCCCCCGGGUGUGCUCCAAAGCAGGAGGAGUGUAUGCUAGUGAUGAGGCGUUUUCCGGUCCAUCGAACAUUCAGUUUACAGGGCAGACGUCCGAUUCUCUCAGGUUUCGCUGGGCUGCCGCUGGAGGGCCUGUGAGUGGCUAUGUAAUCCAGUAUGUGCCCCUCUCUGGUCUGGGGCAGCCCAUAACAGCAGAGUUAAAACAGGAGACCGUCUCUGUGAAGCAGAGGACGUUCACUGCACGAGAGCUGCAGGCCGGAACAGAUUACCUGGUGACCGUCAUCGCCCAGUACCCCAACAGUGUGGGAGAGUCUGUGUCUGCCAAGCAGCGAACCAGGUCGUUGCCGGGCGUGUCCAGUCUAUACUUGAUCCAGGCGAACUUCUUCUCCCUCACUGUGGGCUGGGAUCAGCCUUCGUCUCCCGUUCAAGGCUACAGACUCACCUACGGACUACGAGGUCAACCGGCCGAUCAGUUGUCGGUGCAGUCCCUGUCCUCAGAGUCCACGUCCGUCACCUUGGAGUCGCUUCAGCCCGACACCGAGUACGUCGUCAGCCUCUACCCACUGUUCCCCCGCAACUCUGCGUCCCCGUCCACGCUCAGCGCCCGCACAUUGCGCCUCGAGGCGGUGAAGCAGUUGUCAGUGGAGACGGAGUCAGAGGGCAGCGUGGUUCUGCGGUGGAGAGGCGUCAGCGGGGCUCGUGCCUACCGUCUGGUCUGGGGACCGUUUACAGGUCGGAACGUUGAGACCGUGGAGGUCGACGGGGGCCGUGAGUUUUACACUCUGUCCAGUCUGCAGCCCGACGUCGAGUACAUUAUCACCAUCAUCCCGCUGUACGAGGGCGACACUGAAGGUCCUGUCGCCACUGCCAGGUUCAAGAUAGAGCGUCAGGAGCAGCAGGUCCUCAGAGCGGCCAUCACCAGCCCCUCCUCCAUCCGCCUCACCUGGAGAAUCAUCCAGUCCUCUCAAGGAUAUCGUCUGGAGUGGAGGGAGGGAGAAGGAGGGCGUGUCCAGAGCUUGUCCUUUCCCAGAGGCACGACCGCCUACGAGUUAACGGGUCUCCGCCCCCAAACAGAAUAUAUCAUCACCAUGUACACCCUGUUUGAAGGUCGCGAGGAGGCCACGCCCGUCUCCACCACCGUCAGAGAGGAGCAGCCUGUGGGGAGGGUGUCCAACCUGAGGGUGGUGGAGGCUCUGGGCAGCACCGCCAGACUUGGCUGGACAGGCGUCGCCGGAGCCACGAGGUACCGCAUCGUUAUCCUCAACACAGAAGCUGGAACAGAGGAAAUCCAGACCGUCAACGGGAGCCAAACCACGCUGGAUCUCAGAGACCUGACGCCGGGAGUGUCCUACGGUGUCAGUGUCACUGCUCUGGUGGGAGAAAAUGAAGGAGACCCAGUUACUGUCUACAUCAAACCAGAGCAAAACAUCGGCCGAGUCACAAACCUCAGAGUUACUAAUGCAAACAGCCGGAGACUUCGAAUCGCCUGGACCGGUGUCGGUGAAGCAUCAGGGUACAGGGUCACAUGGAGGCAAGGCAACACAGGACUGGAGCAGUCCCGUAACCUCGGCGCGGAGGCGUCGACCUUCACCAUAGACGGCCUGCAGCCGGACGAGGCGCUGAUCGUCGGCGUGGCAACGGUUGUGGACGAACGCGUCGGAGAAGUCGUGAGUCUGUCGGCUCGGACUAAUCCCCACGGCGGAUCGGUGCCUGGACUCCGCGUCGUCGACGUCACGUCUCAGAGGAUACGCGUGGCGUGGUCGCCGUCCCCCAGAGCCACGGGCUACAAGGUCACAUGGCGCAAUAAUGGAGUUGAAACCACUCGUAAUGUGCCGGCUGACGUCUCCUCCUACACCAUUGAUGGUCUACAGUCAGAUUUAGUCUACACUGUGAAGGUUUCAGCACUGAGUGGCUCUCGAGAGGGAAGCCCCUCCACCCUCAAUAUCAGAACAGAAUCAGAUCAGUCCGUGGUCGGGACUGUGACGUCACUGCAGAUCCAGGAGUCCCAGGGAGAGAUCGUCCGAGUGUCGUGGGUCGGCGUGCAGGGAGCCACGUCUUACCGCGUGUCCUGGAGGAGGACGGAUGGAGGUGAAGAGAGGAGUCAGCUGGUCGGAGGAGACGUGACAGCGGUGGAUUUAGAGCGUCUGGACCCUGGAGCUCAGUAUGAGGUGCAGGUCAUGGCUUUAGUUCAAAACAGAGAGGGUUCUCCCGUGUCUGUCAGAAUCACCACACCUGGUACCGAUCCCACCGCUCCCUCGCUGCCCAGCACCACUCUACGAGUGGCAGAAGUUACCCAGAGUUCUGUGCGGCUGGAGUGGUUUCCACUGCUCGGUGCCACGGGGUAUAUUGUGCGGUGGAGAGAGGACGCAGACCCUGGUCCAGGCUCGUCUUACUCACUGCCUGCUGCGUCCAGCUCCUACCUGGUGACUGGGCUGCGUCUGGGCCGUCGUUAUCGCUUCAGCGUGCAGCCGACCUUUCAGAGCGGACCGGGACCGGAGAGCUCUGUGGACGAACGCACUGUGUGUGCGGGCGGCCGUCUGGACCUGGUGUUUCUGGUGCCCGCGUCCACCGAUCGACUCAAUCUGGCGAGACCUCUGCGCGACCUGGUCACGAGUGCGGCGAGGUCGUUCAGCGCCAUCGGCCCCCGCGACACACAGGUGGGAGUGGUAGUUUAUGGUUACAGACCCAAAACAUGGUUCCUGCUCAGCCGCCACGACCGCUCAGACACGCUGCUGCAGGACAUCCAGGCCACGCCCUUUGAAGAAAGCCGAGGGAAUAAUAUUGGUGAGGCGGUGACCUUCGCCCGACAGUACCUCCUGACCCCCUCAGCUGGACGCAGACCGACCGUCCCCGGUGCCGUCGUCAUCAUUGCUGACAGGAAGUCAGCGGACAACCUCACCCUCGCGGCCAGCGCUCUCAGAGCGACAGGUGUCACAGUGUUAGCGGUGGCUGUGGACCAGGCGGACACUGAGGAGCUGCGUUACACCGUGACAGACGGCAGCACCCAGAACAUCCUGUAUGCACGUGAUGCAGCGCAGCUGGACGCGCUCCACAGUGACCUGGCAGAUUUCCUCUGCGGCGUUGCCAGCGCUCCAGUGGUGUCUCCAGGUCCACAGCAGUGCACGGUCCAAUGCCCACGCGGUGAGAGAGGCGAGCGUGGAGAGAAGGGCGACAGAGGCAGAGAUGGGACAGACGGACGCAACGGUGGACCUGGUCUUGAUGGUUUGCCCGGGAGGGACGGCCCCAGAGGCCCUCAGGGACCAGCAGGACCACCGGGACCGCCGGGCCAGCCCACCCCGUUUGAACCCUCAGGGCGGGUGAAAGGAGAAAAGGGAGAACGAGGGUUUCCCGGUAUUGAUGGAAAUCCAGGGUUGCCAGGUAGACCCGGUGCCCCCGGAAACGCAGGAGUUCCCGGUUCACAGGGCCUGCCGGGCAUCAGAGGAGUCUCUGGUGAACCAGGUACGACCGGGCAACAAGGGUCAAAGGGCGACAAAGGUGAAAGGGGUGAACCAGGCUCAACUAUAGCUGGAGGGGGUCUUCCAGGGAGGAAGGGAGAACCAGGCCUCCCAGGGAUACCGGGCACUCCGGGUCGGCCGGGCAUCACCGGAACCAAAGGGGAAUCUGGAGUUCCGGGAUUAUCAGGUCAGGACGGUCGUCCUGGGAUUCCAGGAACACCGGGACUCUCCAUCAAGGGAGAGAAGGGCAGCUCAGGAGAGAGGGGACCUCCAGGUGUAGGCAGCGGUGUGGCAGUGAAGGGCGAGAAGGGCUCUCCAGGUAUUCCAGGAUCUCCAGGCACUCUGGGCCCUCGAGGGCCAGCAGGACCACAGGGCAGCAAAGGAGACAAGGGUGACGGUGGUGAAGGGUUACCUGGACCUGCAGGCAGACAGGGAGAGCCUGGAGACAGGGGGCCUCGUGGUCCUCCAGGAGAGAUUGGCAGUAAGGGUGACCGAGGACAGCCUGGAGAGCCUGGAUCACAGGGAGACAGGGGAGAGCGAGGACCGGCUGGAGAAGUCGGGGGGAAAGGCGACGCAGGAAAGCCAGGCCUCUCAGGAUCACCGGGGCUGAGAGGUUUACCAGGACCCAGUGGACCACCGGGAGAAAAGGGACGUGACGGAGCUCCAGGAGAGCCUGGAGGAAGUUCUCCAGGUAUUCCAGGAAAGAGAGGUGAACAGGGCGAGCGAGGUAUUCCUGGUCUUGAUGGGCAGCGAGGAGAGAAAGGAGAGCCAGGACAGAGAGGAGAGAAAGGGUCACCAGGGUUAGGUGCUGCUGGUCCUAAAGGAGAAUCAGGAGAGAGAGGCCUGGCUGGUAUCAGUGGAAGACCAGGUGCCAAGGGAGACGCUGGUGAACCAGGAGAGCGAGGGGACAACGGGCGUCCAGGAAUCCCAGGAAAGCCUGGUCUUCCUGGGAAAGAGGGAGGCAGAGGAGAGAAGGGCGAUGAAGGCACUCCUGGGGAGUCUGGACUUCCAGGGAAGCCAGGAGAAAGAGGACUCAGGGGACUGGCUGGUCAGCCUGGACGUCCAGGAGAGAAAGGAGAGCUGGGAGACCCCGGAGAGCAUGGAAUAAAUGGCAGCCCUGGACCUGCAGGACUGAAAGGGGAUAAAGGCAGCCAGGGACUUCAAGGACCUGCUGGACCACCAGGAAAAGUGGCUGACAUCCAGGGGCAGCUGAAAGGAGAGAGGGGAGACAAAGGUGACGCCGGCAGCCCGGGAGGACUCGGCAGCAAAGGUCAGAAAGGAGAAUCGGGGACUCCUGGAGCCGCCGGCCUACGAGGUCCUGAGGGACAACGGGGGCCUGCAGGCACAAGGGGUGACACAGGAGAAAGAGGAACACCGGGAGAGAAGGGAGAAAGGGGAGCUUCUGGGCUGGAUGGACGUCCAGGUCUGGAUGGUAAACCAGGUCCUCUUGGACCCGCUGGACAGAGGGGGGAUUCUGGGAAACAGGGAGAUCCCGGGAGAGAUGGUUUACCAGGAAUUAGAGGAGAACUGGGCCCUCAAGGGCCUGUUGGGCCCCCAGGAACUCCAGGGACACCUGGUAAAUCAGGUGAAGAUGGCAAACCUGGGUCUCCUGGAAAAAUGGGUGAGGACGGCGUGCCAGGAGAAGACGGGAGGAAGGGCGACAGAGGAGACGCAGGAGCAGCUGGACGAGAUGGCCGUGAUGGGCAGAAAGGAGACCGAGGGCUUCCUGGAGCUGUAGGCCCCUCCGGUCCUUCAGGGCCACCUGGGUUACCUGGCAGUAUUGGUCCUCCUGGACAGGUUGUGUACUUGAAAGGAGCCGAGGCGGCACCGAUCCCCGGCCCACAGGGGCCCCCAGGAACCCCUGGCGUCCCCGGUGUCCCCGGAGCUGCAGGACCCAGAGGAGAGCGAGGUCCCCACGGCCUCAAAGGUGAAACUGGGGACCCGGGAGAGGACGGAGCACCGGGCAAACCUGGGACAGCUGUGGACGUACAGAAGGCUCUGGCCAGCCUCGGUAUUCAGGUCUCUGAGCUGAAGGUGGUUGUGGACAAGAAGGACUUGCUUGUGGCUCCUUCCGUGCAGAAGCCGGAGAAAGGUGCAAAGGGAGACACGGGGGACACAGGACAGAGAGGACCCGCUGGGUUGGAUGGCGCUCGUGGUAUUCCAGGAGAGAGAGGAACAAAGGGGGAUCAAGGGGAUCGAGGACCUGCAGGAGCGACAGGGCCUCCUGGAAGAGCCAUUGGGGAAAGAGGGCCAGCGGGGCCCCAGGGCCCUGCCGGAGAGUCUGGCAAGCCUGGUAUACCAGGUGUUCCAGGGCGAACUGGGGAAGUAGGAGAGUCUGGAAGACCAGGAGAAAAGGGGGAGAGAGGUGACAAAGGUGACAAAGGAGAAGCUGGAAAACUUGGAUUAACGGGGCCAUCGGGUCCACCGGGUCAAAAGGGAGCGUCUGCUGAUUCAGUGCUGAUUGGUGCACCUGGGGCUCGAGGCCCGCCAGGAUUUGCAGGACAGAAAGGAGACGCCGGGGCAGCUGGACCACCAGGACCCAAAGGAGACAGAGGUUUUGUGGGACCAAAAGGUGAUAAAGGAGAAAGAGGAGAACAUGGAGAAAAAGGACGCGAUGGCUCAGAGGGAACACCAGGAGAACCAGGGAAACCUGGUCAGGAUGGAAAAGCGGGCCAGCCUGGGUUCCCUGGAGUACUAGGUAGACCGGGAAAUCAAGGAGAGCCUGGCAUACGGGGGCCAACUGGCCCGUUGGGUCCCUCUGGGCUUCCAGGUGCACCAGGGUUAAAGGGUAAUCAAGGAGAACCAGGUGUUGGCGUGCAGGGUCCUCCUGGUGCCCAGGGGAGCACAGGUUUGCCAGGACCACUGGGCCCUCCGGGAGCUGUCGGUCCACAGGGCCCUCCGGGACUGUCAGGCCAGGUGGGUGAGUCCGGUAAACCUGGAGUUCCUGGAAGAGAUGGCGUUCCUGGGAAAGAAGGAACACAUGGACUACCAGGAAAGCAGGGCAUUGCUGGACCUCCAGGCCUGCCCGGCUUAAAGGGGGAGCAGGGAGACAGCGGCCCUCCCGGGAAGGCAGUUGCCGGUCCUCCUGGACCCAAAGGAGCAAUGGGUCCUGCUGGUCCAACACUACCUGGCACAACUGGAGAGAGAGGUCUACCUGGCGAGAAGGGAGGCAAAGGAGACAAAGGUGGUGCUGGCAUCAAAGGGGAAAGAGGAGUGGUUGGUGAAGCAGGAGACCCGGGAGAGGAUGGAGCACAGGGAUCUCCUGGGCCAAAAGGAGAUAAGGGGGAGAGGGGCAUAGGACUGGCUGGUCCUCCUGGUCGGGACGGUCCUCAAGGUUUAAAAGGAGACUCAGGUCUUCCUGGUACAGCUGGUCCUUCAGGACCACAGGGAAAGACUGGUGAUGUGGGGCCUCCUGGCCUGAGAGGAGAAAAUGGACAACCAGGACCUCCAGGACCACCUGGGGAGAGGGGUCUUCAGGGCUUUGCGGGUCGUCCAGGAAAUGUUGGACCUCCUGGUCCUGCUGGACCCGCUGGACAACCAGGCUCCGCUGGUACCAACGGGGUCAAAGGAGACAAGGGGGAAGUUGGCGUUGGUGUCCCUGGUGCUCGAGGAGAGAGAGGAGAUGCAGGGACCAGAGGCGAGGAGGGUCGUCCCGGUCUGGACGGGGAAAGAGGACCAACUGGUUCCCCGGGGGCUCGCGGUGUUCGGGGAGAGAAGGGAGACGGUGGACCUCAAGGUGACAAAGGAGAAAAGGGUGACACUGUGCUCGUGGGAGGGCCUCCUGGAGAAAAGGGCAACAAAGGAGAAACGGGCGACAGAGGGCCUAAAGGGGUCCAAGGAGAAAAAGGAACAAAGGGUCAGGAGGGGCCUUCAGGGGAGCAGGGUCAGAGGGGAGAGCCGGGGGAGAAAGGAUCCGUCGGAUUCCCCGGGGCCCGCGGUCCUGGUGGACAGAAGGGAGAAGCCGGUCACCCCGGAGUGCCUGGUGAAGCGGGUUUGUCAGGGAAGGACGGACUGCUGGGGCAGAAGGGCGAGAAGGGAUUCACCGGUGUUUCAGGACUGAGAGGAGUCAAGGGUGACCGAGGACCCAAGGGGAAUUGUGGCAGCGAUGGACCCAAAGGAGAGAAGGGAGACGCUGGUACUCACGGUCGAUCCGGCCUUCCAGGAAGAAAAGGUGAAAAGGGCGGUGUCGGACCGUCUGGAGCGUCUGGGGCUCCGGGAAAAGAAGGACUCGUGGGCCCCAAGGGUGAUCGUGGUUUCGAUGGGGUGGCAGGAUCCAAGGGAUCUCAGGGAGAAAAGGGUGAAAGGGGUGCUCCUGGUGUGCCUGGCCCUCCUGGUCCCAGAGGAGUGGAUGGGGCCGCCGGUCUAACUGGGCCCCAGGGACCAUCUGGUGGUCCCGGCCCUGAAGGGCUCCAGGGAGAGAAGGGAGAGCGAGGGCCGUUCGGUCCGUCCGUGGUGGGUCCACGCGGAAUCCCGGGUAUCCCAGGAGAGCGAGGACAGCCGGGAGAGUUGGGCCCAGAUGGAGCCAAGGGAGACAGAGGAGAGCCGGGCAUGACGGAGGAUGAGAUCAGACACUAUGUUCGCUCGGAGAUGAAUCAGCACUGUGCGUGUGGAGGUUCAGGCCUGGACCCUCAGUCCCAGCCUACGGUCAGGGCUCGGCCUGCACUCGAGCAACUGGGCCUGAGCGGUGAGGAGGGCCGCGAGCUGCACGUGGUGGUGAACACCAACGACCCCGACUACGAGCACAUUUACUCCGUCGAGGCCUACGACGAGCCCAUGGACGAGCUGCUCUACGUCGAGCCGCCGGCCAACCGCAGCGAUGGUGAGACUGUCAAAAAGGACUCAGAGAAAACAUUCACAGAUGAAGCAAACAAAUCAGCCACAAAGCCCAAAUCAAUCAGGACCAAGAGGAGAGUCAGAGGUGAAGCAGACUUGUGCCAGUUGCCCAUGGACGAGGGCAACUGUGGACGAUACAGUCUGCGCUGGUAUUUUAACGAUCGGUCUCAGGCCUGCAGACCCUUCAUCUACAGCGGCUGUGAAGGAAACGACAACCGCUUCCUCCACCUGGAGGACUGUGAAGAAUCCUGCCUUGGGGAUGCUAAAGGUCCUCGGCCCGUGAAGACGGCGCGAUGAUUGUGGCCAAUUCUUUGUCAGCUACGGGAAUGUUUAUAAAGCUUUAUAUAUCUUUUUUUAUAGAUCAUUAUUUUUGUUGAAAGCCAAUGGUCAAGAUUUGUUGUGUUUAUUUAUUGUCCUUAAAUGCAUCCAUUUCACUUCACCGUGGGUUCGACAGCUGUGAGAGUUCCAGAGAGUUCCUCCGUGGUUUAUAUUCUCAUAUUCAGCAAAACUAAAGACUAAAUUGUGUUUUAUUAGGUUUUUGUGACGUCGUAAAACCUGUUUAACAUUUGCACAGUGAAGAGAAGAUUCUCUUAAAGACUUCACCUUGAGUUUGUCGACGUACCCUUGAGGUGCUUUUACUGCUUUUAUCACUGAUAUGCACAGAGGGAAAAUCACCUCACAGAUUGGUGAAGCUGUAGUUGAGUUCAUUUACUGUUAUUUCACUCAUUAUCUGAACAUAAUGAGAAAACAGAGACACCACUCAUUUCAAGUUAAAAUUAAAAAAUGAACUUUAAAUGAAGCCAAAGAUGUUCCCUGGAGAAGUGGAAUCAUCCGUCCUCUGUGGUUUGGUGUUGAUUAAUCGCUGGUCACCAACAAUCUCAGCCCGUCUCUCUACUCCUGUGCUUAUCGUUGUCUAUUAAAAGUCACAGAUAUCGCGGCUUAGAAUUCAGCUCGUCGCGUUUGGAAUGAUCAUCUAAAUAAAACCCGUCAACACGCGAGCAGAGAAUGAAACGCCACACCGAAUGUUACCGUGUGUUCAAACUGCAGCCAGAGCUGGUGCUUGUACUCGGAGCAUGUUUUGUAAUGUUUUCAUUCUUUCUGCACAGCAGAAGUGGGCUGAGGUGGUGGUUUCAUUAUCACGGUCUUCUAAAGAUAAUCACAAUACUUUGUUUCUCAAUAUAGGAACGUAGGAGUCACCGGAGUCGUAUUAAAGUGCUGCAUUUACUUCAAAAAUAACAAUUAGAGAAGAAGAACAAACAGUUAAACAGUAAAAAUCUGCAUUGAACUAUUUAUAAAAACAAAAACAAGUGAUUAAAGUAUUUAUACCAGCUCUUAGCCUCACAUAGUCAAUAGAGUUUAAAGUUAAAUCAUUGGUUGAUUGUUUUACUGUCGCUCACUUUGUGAGUUAACUUCUCUCUAGAACUGCAGCUAAUGAUUAUGUUCACGAGUAAUAAAUAAAAUAAUAAAAUAUCAGAAAGUGUUGAUCAGUGUUUGUCAAACGUGGAAAUGAUGAUGUUCUCAAAUGAUUUCCUUGUGAUAUGAAGCAAAUAAAACCAGAAAAUAUUCACACUUAAGAAGCUGAAACAAUCAGAAAUCUUCUUUUAAGUCUCAUUAUCAAAAGAGUUGACGAUUCAUGGACUAAUCGAUUAAUGGUGUAAUUGUUUCAGCUCUACUUCUCUCUUAUGCAUUUGUAUGAUCAUCAUCAUUAAUGUUAAAUGUUAUCUAAUGUUAAAGUUUACAAAAUACAAAACUUACUCCACAAAGGCCAGAAAACAACUUCUCCACACGUUUGAAGCACAAAAACAUUGGCUUUGAAUCAUUUGUGUCAAAUAUGAAGAAUCAAGCACAAUAAUCUCAACAGUUUUGUACAUACUGGUUUUAUUAUUAUUGGUUUGGGGGAAUGUUGUGUAUCUGCAUGUUUACCUGCCAGAGAAAAGGUGCUAUUUUGAAACGUAUUUUUGUACUAAUGUGGAACAUUGUCAUGAACAUUUCUAAUAAAGCAAAUGUUUGAGUAAA